AUGUCACUGGAAACGCUAGACACGAAUGGCCUUUACAUACUCCUCUUCAUCAGAGAUGACCCACCAAAGCCCGACGAGUUCCACUGGGCCUACUAUUUUCAUCGUGAUGCCAAGCGAGGAGGAACUAAGUACCAUGUACGAGGUGUUGGUGGAGGAUGGAUUACAGGACACGAAGAUACUCAUGCCGUGAUGAAGGAAUUUCUUCUAGUGGGACUUUUCAAAAUUGCCGAUAUUUCACCCAAACACCAAGAAAAAAUCGAUCCAAUCAUGAGAAGCUUUGAUGGCCAGUUGAAUAGACCAGAGAUCACUUGUCGUGUCUGGCUUCUAUGGGUUCUCGCUCUUCUUCAACGCACAGACGACGGAGAGAGAAUCGUGAAGUGCGAUACGUUGGAUGACCUCGAGACAGAGAUCAAGGAUUGGGGAAACCAGCACGCUAUGAGCGCUGCAAAUAAUGUGCAGCCGAGACCUGUGGGGGCAUCUUUGAUCUGUGAACUUUAA